AUCAUGGAAAAGUUUUGAAAUUUUGUCCAUGAAUGUGUGGGGGAACUCUGUAUCUAAAUGUCUUGAUGUGAAAUACGAUCUCUGUUUAUAUUCCAGGUCCUCGAACAGCAUCGACCACCUCCACAGCAAACGAGACUCGGCCUACUCCUCCUUCUCCACCAGCUCCAGUAUCCCGGAGUACCUCGCCUCCACGCCCUCCUUCAGCCCAGAGCGCUCCUACUCGCUGGAGACCGUCCCUCAGAGAGAAGGAGGAAGUGGAGAGAUGACGCAGGCCGACAUGUGUUACGUCCGGACGGUUUACGACGCCCAGCAGGGCCUGUCCCAAGAGCACGAGCUGAGCUCCACCUCCGCCGCGCUGCUACGCAACAGCGAUGCCAGAGGCGGAGGAGGGAUGAGGCCAAGCCGAGAUCAGCAAGUGGGCGGGGUCUGUUACCGUGGCAGCAGCAGCGGCAGCAGCAGCAGUUGCGGCAGCAGCAGUGGUGGAGCGCCAGCGUCAAACAGACACAGUGUGGGGCCAAUAUGGGGCCCCGCAGCCAGCCGCAGCUCUUACGAGAGCCUGAAGGGGGCGCCGGCACCACCGAGGCGCAGCGACAGCUACGCCGCCAUCAGAAACCACGAGAGACCGAACUCCUGGUCCAGUCUGGAGCACGCCCGGUCACUACGGUCUCUGCAGAAAGGUUCCUGGCAUCACUCCAGUGGCUCUGUGGCCUCAGGUGCAGGUAUGUUUGAAAUCUGCCUCCAUGAUGUUACUCAUUCUAAUAACCCCC